UGUUUUUGCUGAUAAAAAUUGAAAAAAGUGGCGCUCUUUCAUUCGAUUCAAACGAGGAAAAAGUGCCCUCGAGCAAUUGCGUAUGGAUGUUUUCUGUUCGGGAAGAUUUUUUACCGAGUUCAGCAACAACAAGGGGGGUAGGGUUUGGUGCAAUUUUAUUUAUACGAAUUUACACAGCAAAACACUGGCCACGAGCCGUUCGAUCCGUGCGUAUUUUUGGGGACAACCAACCGCAGGGCUUCAACAUCCCUGAAGUCAUUUGAAAAUUACACAAAGUGUUCAACAACUGAAAAAUUUCAAAACCCAAUCGAAGCGCUUGGAUUGGUUCGUGCAAAAUUUGAAUAAGAAAAACAUAAGAUGAAGAAAGAAGAGAAGAUUCUUACAAGUGCCUUGUUUGUUUUGCUUAAUUGUUAAUGUCCAUUUGUUUCGUUCGCUCUCUGGCGUGUGUUUAAUUAAGCAUUAUCGUUCUAUAUUUGGCAUACGGAUAAAAGCCGAAAAAGGUUUAAGUGCAACAACCAGUGACAGAGCGCUUAAGUCGAAAAAGAAGCGACUAAAGGUCAGCGCGAAUAAAGAACCUUCACGGCCAAUCAGGAAUAUAAACAUCGAUAGUACGUUCGAAAAGUCAGAAGAAGGAAACCUCCACCUCCGAAGAACCACCCCCCUCAUUCCCGCCAAUCGUAAUAAUCUCAGAAAUUUGUCGCCGACUCAAUCGACGAAACUUGUGAGUGAACGAGCGAAUAAAAAAUAUAGUUAAGUGCCAGUGGCCUUUGAAGGGCGCUUAAUAAGCUGCUUAGAGCUGAGUAGUGGUGACUUUGGGCGAACUUUUGAACCGAAGAAGUACGCGACCGAAAAAAUCUCCAAUCAAGUGACGACUACUCAAGAAGGGAGUUUUGUCGUUUUUGACUCAUCGUCUUCAUCAUCAUCAUCAGCAUCGAAAUUACCGGUGGUGCUCGAUCGAUGAUAGCUAAGUGAAGUUGACAGCUACCUACUUACGAGUGGAAUCAACCAUUGAAGAUUUCCAGGCCAGAAGACUCACCGACCGACCAAGAAGAUGACCAACGACAGCAAAACGGGCGGAAACGGCAACAGCAGCAGCAGCAGCACCGGGGGCAAGGCCGGCAAGAUGGACUCCCGCAUCGGGCUGGAGUACAUCGUCGAGAACAGCGACUACGUCACCAAACUUGGCCUUGCCCUGGACACCAGCAACGUAACGGUGAAGAAGCAGGUCUUCGAGCUGCUGUCGGCCCUGUGCGCCUACAGUUCCAACGGCUAUAAGAGGGCCAUCGAAACGCUCGAGCACUACAAGAACAUCAAAGGCGAACGCUACCGGCUCAAUAUUGUUGUGGUCGAGCUGGACAAGGCGAGCUCCGUCGAGUAUCAGAUUGCGCUGCUGGCGUUCAUUAAUUGUGUCAUAAUAUCGGCCGCCACGCUGCAGGAUCGAAUACGAAUACGAAACGAAUUCAUAGGUUUAAAUUUACUACCAGUAUUAAACAAUCUCAGGCGCAUCGCCAGUAACGUGCCGGACAUUGGCGUGCAGAUCGACGUGUUCGACGAGCAGCGGGAAUGCGACGAGUCACAGAGCCUGCAGGGGCCGGACGGCAUCAACCUGAACUCGCAUCUUGAUGUCUUCUACGCGAUACUGCGACAGGUCGCUGGGACCCCACAGGAGAUACCGUUUCUCAGCAUUCUGCAACACCUGCUGCAGAUCGAUUCGAAGGAAGCGAUCAGCGACAUCGUUUGGGACACGGCCGAAACGCUUGUGCACCGCGCGACCCUGCUAGAAGACAAGGAGGCUUCCGUGAGGUUACUCCGCGCCCCCAGUAUACAGAAAUUCACCUGCCCACACUGUCGUAACGACAUCACUAGUCCUACCCGCAGACAAUCGGUCGGGCCACUAACGCCCGGGCCACACAACGCUAGCACAAUCCACGCCAGCAGCCAGCAAUCAUUUCCGGCCGUCCCUGCACCUGCUCCCCCUCCUCCUCCGCCUCCAAACUUGGCGACGGCGGCCGCAGCACCACCUCCACCUCCCCCGCCACCUUGUGCACCUCCACCACCCCCACUCCCACCCAUGGCAGGCGGUCCAGCAGGAGCACAAGGUGGGCGUGGUCCGGUACCACCCGCUCCACCAGCCCCUCCUGCCCCCAACAAUCUGCUCGCCGUUAAAGCGAGCGAACUAUCCGCGAGGCCAAAAACACCGGAAGCACAGAUUGAAGUCAUCAAACCGCUACCCCAGCAGGAAACUCCGGUGCCACGGUCCAAGAUGAAGACGAUCAAUUGGAACAAGAUUCCACCGCAGAAAGUAUUCAGCAAGCCGAACAUCUGGUCGAUCGUGGCCGAUUCACACCAAAACAGCCCCAUGGCCGAUCUCAACUGGGACGAGAUGGAGGGCUUGUUCUGUCUGCAGCAAACGCAGGGUUCGCCAAAGCUCGGUCGCGAAAACAGUGGCUCCGAUACGCUGGAACGCAAAUCACGCAAAGAAAACGAAAUCACACUUCUGGAUGGCAAACGGAGCUUGAACGUUAACAUCUUCCUCAAACAGUUCCGCUCCUCUAAUGAGGAUAUCAUCCUACUGAUCAAGAAUGGCGAACACGAAGACAUCGGUGCCGAGAAGCUGCGCGGGCUGCUCAAAAUCCUUCCGGAGGUGGACGAACUCGAGAUGCUGAAAUCGUUCGACGGCGACAAUAACAGGCUGGGAAAUGCGGAAAAAUUUCUGCUGCAACUGAUACAAGUGCCUAACUACAAGCUCAGAAUCGAGAGUAUGCUGUUGAAGGAAGAAUUCAAAGCUAACCUAAUUUACUUGGAGCCAAAUAUUAACGCGAUGCUUUACGCUGGGGAAGAUCUGAUGAACAAUAAAGCUCUGCAGGAGGUCCUCUACAUGAUCGUCGUGGCCGGUAACUUUCUCAACUCCGGGGGAUAUGCGGGCAAUGCGGCCGGCGUCAAGCUGUCCUCGCUGCAGAAGCUAACGGACAUCCGGGCAAACAAGCCGGGUAUGAAUCUGAUCCACUUUGUGGCGCUGCAGGCCGAGAAGAAGAAUAUCGACCUGCUCGAAUUCCCUAGUCAGAUGACGACGCUGGAAAAUGCUACCAAAACGACUGUAGAACAAAUAAACAACGAAAUCAACGCCAUAGAUUUACGAAUCAAAAAGAUCAAGCGCCAAAUAGAACUGCCAAAGACGGAGGAAGACAUCAAGUACCAGAUGGUGGAGUUUAUUACGGGUGCGGAACGGGACAUCGCGAUGCUGCAGCGGGCCCUAAAGGAGUUGGAAGCGAUGCGGCUGCAAUUGGCGGACUUUUUCUGCGAGGACAUCGCCACCUUUAAGAUGGAGGAGUGCUUCCGGAUAUUCCACAACUUCUGCGAACGGUUCCAGCAGGCCGUCAAAGACAACGAGAAGCGCCGGGUGCAGGAGGAACAGGCCCUGAUCCGCCGGAAGCAGCGGGAGGAACAGCUCGCAUUGAAACGAAGGCAAUCGAACCAACCUGGAACUCCCGUGUCCGAUUCUGAAAAUAGCUUGCUGUUGGACCCAUCGCAGUACGACCUGCUACGGUACAGUCCAGCGAUGACUCGAAGGCGGAUAGGUUCUUUCACCAGUAAUGGGGAUCCAGUCAUGCUUCGGGAAGACUGCGCAUCGCCAGAUAUAACUCCCAAUGGAAGUCUACGAAGGCGACGUAGUCGGGUGCUCUCUGAGGAAGAUGAAGGUAAUCUCAUGGACUUUUUGCGAUCGUCUGGCCACGAAAAUGGCAGUCGAGAGAGGAAGUCGGUAUCGUACGGUGGAAGUUUGGAUCGUUCGUGGGCUCGACGAGCUCGCUCAGGCAGUGGUAGCAAGAAACGACCCGAUCUGCUCAAUGUAGACUUUGGUAACGAUCGUGAAAGGCCGAACUCUCCGUCGCCUCUGGCGGAGUCUAAGCCAUUGCCGGUUGAAGAAAACAAACCCAGAAUUUCCAGAGAAUGGCGCCAAAAGAUCGAAUCCUGGCUGCAGGCGAACGAAGCCGAUGAGCGGCAUAACGAGGACUACAAGAAGAAGCGGAAACUGCUAGCCGUAAAUCGUCGCUCCUACGAGACUGACAACGAAAGCGAUCGAGGGAGCAAGUUGGACCCGUUGCCGGAGGAGAAACCACCAACGAUAACGUCCCCGGAACCACCACCACAAUCCGGCGAGAUUCAGCUGCCAACGACCUACAAACGGGUGUACCAAGACUGGAAACCCUCCAGUGCCCUAGAGAAAACCGAUGUCAUGGGUACGAUGGAAGCGAUUGCUGGAGCAGCUCCAUCGCAGCAGGACAAAUCGGCCUGGCGUAAGUCUAGCUUGAACAGCCAACAGCAGGAUGACCUGCGUUAUCGAAGACAGAGAUCCCGGGAAAGCGCCGCUCCUAGUUCCAGCCUGCAGUCGAUACUUGAGGAAGACAAACGGAAGUCGGUGAUUCAACAGCUCGGCGAACGACCUCCUAGUGAUCGUCUGCAGAUUUACAUACGCCGUGGUUCGGACAACAGUUCCCAACCCGGAAGUACGGUAACGUCACCGAAGCCACAAACCCAGUCCAGCACCAGUAGCAAGGACGACAACAAGCAAUCGAUCUACAUUCGACAACCCCACGGAACGACCGAAUACACCAAACCGAAAUCCAUUCCGGCCGCAGAAAAACAAUCCAUUUACAUUCGACCGAACGACAAUACUCCGUCCACUACAAUCUCGUCCAUAAACUCAUCCUGCACCAGCAAUAGCGAAGGUCAGCUGCCGGAAACGUUGACGGUAGCUCCACCACCUCGAAGAGCUCGAAGAGCGCACCAUAUUUACGAUGAUCAAACGAACAAUAAAAUCGAAAUUGAUUCAGACAACAUCGAAACUCCUCCCUCGAUACGGAAAAGUUUCAACCGGGAGCAUGCUAACGUCAGUAGUAGCAAUUCGUGCCGUAAACUUCACGGACAGGUAGACCAGAGCAAUGAAUCCGAAUCAAAGAGUACGUUAAGCAGUAGUCAUACCGAAGGAGAAGUGCUAGGAGAUGGCCAGUUUGAUCGGUUUUCUUCGACACGGAGAACGAGACGCUUCAAACGACCUGUAGAUAUGAGUAGUGGCAAUGAGACAACCUCACCCGAGUCACUACCUGAUAACCCGCUUAUAGUAGAGCCGACAACGCCGGUUAUGGCGAGAAGUAAUCCAGUAGUUGCCGCAGUAGCUGGAAUCGAGUCUACGGAGAAACAGAAGGAGGCACGUCUUAAACGCUGGCAAGAUAAGCUGAACAGCUCCGGGGGCACAGAUGAGCGUACGAAGAAUACUGAAGUGACGAGUAGAGUUUCUCGAACGGCACGCAAUAUGAGUCGAAUAAGUCAGGAAGAUGUUAGGCAAGCUAUUCGAAGUCUCAAAUCACCAACUCCAGAGCGAAGUUGGAGUCCUCCAAAGGAUCUUGGACGCGAUGUGCCUAGUAGUGUCAAGGUGAUCGCACACGAGCUGAACGACGAAGGCUUUGAAGAGACGCAGAGUUUGGUCUCGGAUACACCGUCUCAUGGGAAGGAUAGCACGUCUUCAUGCAACGAUUACGGUUCGGACUCGAAAAAUAAGCCAUCCUCAAGAGCAAACGUGGAAAGCAGCCCGAAGAGAAUCACAAGCAGAACCGGUCCUAAUCUUCCAAGUCUUAUCAUAAGUAAAAAUCAAACUGCCCUUGAACGCAGCAAAUCGUUGAGGGGAACUCCGCCUUCUCUAGUCAACAAAAACCUGUUACCACGUCGAACGAAUUCGAUGCGCAAAUCCGAGUCCCCAUUAGUCAGUACGAUGGCCAAAAAUCAGCAACAGCUGGACGUGGAAAGAAGCAAUUCUCGAACGAGUCUCCGUUCAUCUCGAUCAUCGUUAAGUAGUGCCGUCUCGACCAACACAGUCAAAAAGGUGCCAUUGAGACCGAAGUCGUCGCCUUUGAGCUCUUCGACAUUGCAUUCCACGAAUACUAGUGCCGCUUCAUCAUUAUCGGCACAGAAUUCACCCAUCAAGCGACCGCUGAGCACCGGUAGUACCCGAACAGGACUCAUGGGAGGUACCCCGGCCAGCAGGAGCAGCUCAAGUGGGUCCAGUAUAGGCCCUAGCGCGGUUGCCGGUAGAAAACCCCCGCUUAAAUCCCUCGGCUCCAGUUCGCUGGGACCUAGCACUAGCUUUAAAGAGAACCAAAAUCAAAACACCGUUCGAAGUCGGUUGCAGAGCAAAACUUCCAGCAAUACCAGUAUCGCCAACUCGGGAGCUUCGGGUUCCAGUGGCGGCGGCGGCGGCGGCGGCGGAACGACGCGGUCCGCUUUGGGAACGCCAAGAACUAGCUCGUCGAUGACCAGUGGUGGUGCCUCAAGAACCGGUGGCUUCAUGCGUCCGACCACUUCCAGUGCCACCAAGGUAAAGGGGAAGUAAGCUUAGCUGUUAGCGGAACUAAUCGUUAAGGAUAAAGUCUUAUCAGAGCUCAAUUUCGUUACUGUACCCCAUUAUAACAUACUAAAUUUUGUGCUGAAGAUAGUUUAUCUGGGUAGUUGCAAAGUAGGGUACCUAUCUAGUUUCGAUUGAACUCGAUCGUUUCGACAAAGAGAAGCAAAAAUUAUGACCUCGACUAGUGAAAAGUUAGAACUGUUAUUUCAAUUUAGUUCCAGCGUGACCGCUUUUAUAAGUUUGAAUGUUACCCGUGCAGAGGUACAAAUAAAAAAAAUGUUUGGUAAUUUUAUUUGGGUGCAGACUGUCGUCUUUAUGGAGCAGAGUCAUAUGAGUAACGAACGCCCCUUUAGUGCAAGAACCUAAAGCUUCACCUCAAAAGAGAGCUCAAAGUCUGCACGUUUUGACGUUCAAAUUUUCCAAACCAAGUAACAUUCGGACAAGAGUUUUAUGAAGAACGUAUAAGUGGUAUAAGCCAUUUUUCGUUUUCAUGAUUCGCUCCAAUAAAGUUCUACAAAAUCAUUCGAAAUUGCACUAAUAUUUUCUAUAAUCGAAUCAGUUUAUGAUUAUAUCAAGUCGAGUUUCAGAAUAAAUAAUCCGUCCAUAGGCUUUUCUAUUAUUUUUUUUUACAUAGGAAACACACAAACCGGAAAGUUCGUUUUUGAACAAAAUUUUUCUUUGAGAGCAACUUUUUGAAAACUACUAAACAGUUUCCAAAUUAUUCAUACUCAAUCUUUCGAUAGUAAACUACACCUACUUAAAUCCGUGAAGGCAGAUAAUUUGCUACCGUAUUAUUGUACAGAAGAUACGCGAAAGCAGCUGUAGUUGUACAAUACUUUACUAAAAACUACAUAAAAGUAUAUUUAAACGUUAGUUAACUAAAAAACUAUUUAUUUAAAAGAGAAGAAAAACGAAACUUACUUAAGCUUCCUCAACUAAGCGCGGAAAUUGAUUUCUUGUUUGUUCCAAGUCAAUGAUGCACGGCACCGUAAUGCAUACAAAACAAUAUUAUUAGGAAUUUGCGACGAAUGCUCCCGUAUAAAUGCUUCGUUCGAAAAAUCCUUAGCGAAUUAGUUUUAAGGUAUAAAAAUUAUAAACGACAAAAUCGCGGUGCAAUUUAAAAUAUAAUUAUCAUUACCUACACUAUCUAUCUCUCUUUCUACGCGCGUAAGAUUCCAAUAAUUGAAAAUUACAAAAAAAAUAAUUUUGGUAUAAGUUUGAGUAAAAAAUGUUCGCCUACAAAAGACUUACUAUUUAAUUGGAGAAAAUAAUUCGAUCGAUUAGAAAUUAAAAAAAGCAAAUAAGCAAUCGUGUGACUAUAGUGCUACAAGUAGCAACAGCUUCGUUUGUUAUCGAGCUAUUUAAACAAAACGUACAACGUUUUGAUAGAUUUUUAUGCGCUGUUGAAAACAGUCCACGGCUCAAAACAAAAAAAAGGCCUCUAGUUAGAAUUAGCUCCUCGUUAGCGUGAUGUAAAAAAAAGUUGAAUCAUUCUCGUGCCGUAUAUUUCCAUCUUUCUGCUCCCUCCCAUAUAAAAAAAAACAAUCGAUUGAUCACUAACUGAAUAAUGAUACUUCCAUUUAACUUCAACUAACAAAAGACAUUAUUUUUCUAGAUAAAAUUUUUGGUUUCGGAAAAAAAAUUAUAAAAAAAAACUACAUAUAAACCUUUACUUCUAGCUUGUGAAGAAAACUCCAUUGUUUCGACUAAUCAAAAUUCGACUUCAGUGUAUGAGAAGGAAGAAUGAACAAAAACCCCUAUAGUUAAAAUAUUAAAAAAGAAAAACCAACACUAACUAAAACUAAACGAGAGAAAUCUAAUAACCCCGAUGAUGUUACUACUGGUAGUUAGAAGCGAAUUCAAAUAUGCGAAGUUGAACAUCCCCAAACCGAAGAUUGGCGAUUGGCGAGAGCGCGCGACGGUCAGUUUGUAUAGUUCAAUCGAUAAACAAAAUAUAACCAACGGAAGAAAAGAACCAUAUAAAGGUUGAGAGGUGCGCUAGACAUACCACAAUUGUUAUUCGGUAUAUCUACACUGCAGAAGAAGACCGAAAACGUAGAGGACAGAAUAAAAAACAAAAACAGAAAACCUAGACAGCAGGCAAGUUUCUUGAGAUUGUAUAAAUUUUAAUAAAAAUUGAAAUAAACUUUUUACGACAAUUGA